ACAUAUCUUAGGUGAAAGGGCAAACAGCUUGGAGUCUUGGGUUUGAAUCCUGUCUCUUUAACCACUUAGCUUGAUAACCUUGGGCAAGUUACUUAACAUCCUGUUCCUUAGCUGUAAAAUGGGAGCAAUUGUGCCUGCCUUGCAGAGUGGUUUUGAGAAUUAGAGACUAAUGCCCCUCUAACACACACACACCUGCCCCAAACAGGUAAUGGAGAAGGGGUGCUGUGUGGCCCAACCCCUGUUAUGGGACCGAACGGUUAACGGACAGGUCAGAAUCUGAUCGCAGAGGAUAGGGAGGGCUCCCGGUGGCCUCCUCCCUCCAGGAGGUGGGGACUAGGUGGAGGAAGGGCUGCAGGAGGAGGAGCUCGCUCAUCUCCACCCGCUCGGUCCAAUCUGGCCUGGGUGCCGGGGAACGCUGUUCUAGUCUCCGUCACCCGAGCAGCCUAUCCUCGUUCCCUGGUCCUUGCCCCGGUCCAGUCAUGACCCUCCGCCCCUCACUCCUGCCGCUCCGGCUGCUGCUGCUGCUGCUUAGUGGGGCAGUGUGCUGGGCUGAGGCUGAGCCUGAAACCGAAAGUCCUGUCCGGACCCUACAAGUGGAGACCCUGGUGGAGCCCCCAGAACCGUGUGCGGAACCCGCUGCCUUUGGAGACACGCUCCACAUACAUUACACGGGCAGUUUGAUAGAUGGACGCAUAAUUGACACCUCUCUGUCCAGAGAUCCUCUGGUUAUAGAACUUGGCCAAAAGCAGGUGAUUCCAGGUCUGGAGCAGAGUCUUCUAGACAUGUGUGUGGGAGAGAAGCGAAGGGCAGUCAUUCCUUCUCACUUGGCUUAUGGAAAACGGGGAUUUCCACCAUCUAUACCAGCGGAUGCAGUGGUACAGUAUGACGUGGAGCUGAUUGCACUGAUCCGAGCCAACUACUGGCAAAAGCUGGUGAAGGGCAUUUUACCCCUGAUAGGCAUGGCUAUGGUGCCAGCCCUCCUGGGCCUCAUUGGAUAUCACCUAUACCAAAAGGCCAACAGACCCAAAGUCUCCAAAAAGAAGCUCAAAGAAGAGAAACGAAACAAGAGUAAAAAGAAAUAAUAAAUAAUAGUAAUUAAAAAAAA